CAUGUACUGAUUGAUUUAGUUCUGACUUAGGCAACGUGCUGUAAGGUGAUACUACUUUAAUCAUCUUCACAUGAAUAUUUAUGGUAGCCACCGGUGCCUCAUCCUUUAGUAGGACUUAAUUAUACAUUUGUUGGCAAAAUAAUCAUCUCAUGUGUUGUCACAGAAAUGGGAUAUUAUAAGUAAAGUGAGUACAGAACUGCCGCUAAAUUUGUUCCUUGUAGUCACUCCAUGGAUUCCUUUGGGCAACCUAGAGCAGAAGCUAACCAGUCAGUAGUGAGCAGAAUGCAAAGGAAAUACUGGAAAACUAAACAGGUCCUCAUCAAAGCCACAGGGAAAAAGGAGGAUGAGCACGUGGUGGCAUCUGACGCAGAAUUGGAUGCUAAACUCGAGGUUUUUCACUCCAUUCAAGAGACAUGCACUGAACUUAUGAAGAUAGUUGAGAAAUACCAGCUAAGACUCAAUGUUGUAUCAGAGGAAGAAAAUGAACUAGGGCUCUUUUUGAAGUUUCAAGCAGAACGAGAUGCAACGCAAGCUGGCAAACUGAUGGAUGCCACUGGCAAGGCACUCUGUUCAUCAGCCAAGCAAAGAUUGGCCCUGUAUACUCCCCUGUCUCGUCUUAAGCAAGAAGUAGCCACAUUCAGUCAAAGGGCGAUAUCCGAUACCUUGACGACAAUUAACCGCAUGGAGCAGGCACGCACGGAGUACAGAGGGGCUCUGCUGUGGAUGAAGGACGUGUCCCAGGAGCUGGACCCAGACACCUUAAAGCAAAUGGAAAAGUUCAGAAAAGUCCAGAUCCAAGUGAGAAAUAGCAAAGCUUCUUUUGACAAGUUAAAGAUGGAUGUUUGUCAGAAAGUGGACCUACUUGGAGCUAGCCGCUGCAAUAUGCUCUCCCAUUCACUCACUACCUACCAGAGAACGCUGCUGGGAUUCUGGGAGAAAACAGCCCGAGUGAUGUCCCAAAUCCACGGGGCCUACGUUGGCUUACAUCCAUAUGACUUCGUGGCCCUCAAGCAGCUACAAGACACUUCGAGCAAGCUUGAGGGAGACCACAAAGAAGAACACGUAGAAAGCAGUCCACUCACUGAAACCCUCAGCAGGUUAGUUUUGUCAGAUGAGGAAGUGAGCUUGAGAAGUGAAUCAGUUGCAAAAGAUUUACCUGGAGAUCCACUGGAAGAUGAUUUUGAGAAGGAGUUCUCAUUUCUGAACAACCUCCUAAGUCCUGCUUCUUCAAGUUCUAGUGAAUUCACUCAAGAAUGCCAGACUGCCUUUGGGAGCCUCACAUUCCAGGAGCCUUCCGUGGGGUCCGAGCCUCUUGCUCACCCCCAACGAUUCCUUCCUUCCCACCUCUUCGACCUUGGCCUUCAUGCUGCUGGAGCCUCCAACAGCUGGGCCUCCAGAGGGGAAUUCGAACCUCCUCUCUCACACACUGAUAGUCAGCCAGUGCCUUCACAGAGUCCAAAGAAAUCAACAAAAGCUCCCAACAAUGGAAACCAAGGCAUGUCAGCCUGGUUCAACCUAUUUGCAGACAUGGAUCCGCUUUCAAACCCAGAUGCCAUUGGACACUCGGAUGAUGAACUUCUUAAUGCUUGACUGGAGUUCCGAUGCCACUUUGGAGUCCUUGAGACAUCAGUUUCUCCACAUGUUGCCUUUGUGGAGAGGAGUUCAUAUUGAAUCCAUUCACAAAAGCAUUGCUUGUGAAUAUAACCCUUGUCAGCCAGCUUUAGACAGAUGGUAAGGGCCACAUUUGAAUACACUUGUCUCUUUAAUAUCUUGGAUUUGCAGCUGUUGAUAAUAUGUGGAAAAUAUUAGAAACUACUUAGUUUGAAAUAGAUUUAGAAGUUUAUUUUGAAAGAACAGCUGGGAAGAAUUCUUCCGUAAGGGGUUGGGCUUCUUUCUCUGGAGAGCCUUUUAUUCAAGCUGCUUUGCUGCUGUGAGAAUUCUUUAUGUGGAUAACAGACAGCAAGUAAAUUGGGUUGUGGUGUAGGGCUGGAUUUUAAAUAAAACAGUGGCGAGGAUAAUAACUUCUCUGUUAUGGAAAACAGCACUAGAAC